UGUAAUUUUUGAAAUUGUAACCUGGCUGAAAACCCUACGCGGCCCUCUAUAUAUUCAAGUCCAAAACCCUAAUCGCUCUCUCAGUCUCGUUUCAGCAGCAGCCGAAAUGUCGAAGCGAGGGCGUGGAGGAUCCGCUGGUAACAAGUUUAGGAUGUCACUGGGUCUUCCAGUGGCAGCCACAGUGAACUGUGCCGAUAACACCGGUGCUAAGAACCUUUACAUCAUAUCCGUCAAGGGUAUCAAGGGUCGUCUUAACAGAUUGCCAUCUGCUUGUGUUGGUGACAUGGUUAUGGCCACUGUCAAGAAGGGGAAGCCUGACCUCAGGAAGAAGGUCCUGCCUGCAGUCAUUGUGAGGCAGCGCAAGCCAUGGCGCCGAAAGGAUGGGGUCUUCAUGUACUUUGAAGAUAAUGCUGGUGUUAUUGUGAAUCCAAAGGGUGAAAUGAAAGGUUCUGCCAUUACUGGUCCAAUCGGAAAGGAGUGUGCUGAUCUUUGGCCAAGGAUUGCAAGUGCUGCUAACGCCAUCGUCUGAGUGUUACUUUCUCAGAGCUCUAUGCAUAGGACUGAACUUAUAUGUGUUAUCCUUGUUUUUGAUAUUAGAAGCAGGUCGCUCCUGGAAUUUGACUAAAUUUUUGUUUCUUGUUAUUGUGGUGUUGUGCAAACUGCAGCGAAUUUUGUUUGGAUCUGGAUAUUACUAUCAUGUUUUAUUUUAGAAUUUAGAAAUUGCUAUGUGCCUCUUGAAGAUA